GAUUUAUUAGACCGACACCGAUUCCAGCGAUACCUAGGGGAGUUUCAUUAUAUCCAAAUUUAUUGGGCUACGACCAAAAUACCUCAGCAAAUAUUUUAAGUAUACUAACAUCAUCACCCAAUCACACUAUAAAUAGCGGCAAUUCAUCCAAUACAACCAGCCCCACAUCUCCUGGUGUCACAUCAUCAGUAAGCAGUAACACAACAGCCUAUCACCUACAAUAUCAUCAUCCAACAAGUGGUACCAGUGGACUAAGUAGCUCAACAAUUAGUAAUGGUAGUGGACCUACUUCGUCUUCAAUAACACCAACCACUGGACAUCAUAUACCUAGUACAUUAUUGUAUGGUGCAUGGUUUAGCGGUGGAACAUCAGCAACAGACGUGAAAACUAGUCAAAUAUUUAACUUACAAGGUCCAAAAACUUCAAAUCGUCGAUCACGAAAACCUGGUUUGGAUCGUAAACCACGUCAAGCAUACAGUGCCAAACAACUGGAACGAUUAGAAUCAGAGUUCAAAAUCGAUAAAUACUUGAGUGUUAGCAAACGAAUGGAAUUAUCGAAAGCAUUAAAUUUAACUGAAGUACAAAUUAAAACAUGGUUUCAAAAUCGACGAACAAAAUGGAAGAAACAAUUAACAACUCGUCUUAAAAUGGCACAACGCCAAGGUUUAUUCCCGCCGCCACAUUAUUUUACAGCGUCAACUGCAGCCGCUGCUGCUGCUCAUCAACAAUAUUCAGCAUUAUUUGCACCUUAUUACACAACAGCGAAUCCUUUAAAUUGUAUAUUUAAUGCAGCAAACAUAGAUGACACUGGUGUAGUUGUUACUUCACCACCUGGAGUGUCACCAACUUCAACAACAACCAUGAAGAUUGAAGGAAACCAAUAA